GGUUCCUUGCCACCAACUGUCAUUCUGGAUCCAGUUCAAACCCAGUCCCCAUGGAUUAUUUCUGGGCAGGAGGCAGCUUGGUCCCCCGGGCCGACAGGAAGUAGCUCAGGAUAGGGGUCUCCUGGGCAUUCCACCUCCCCUUAUGGGGGAAGAGAUGAAGCCGCCGCCUCUGCCACCUCUACUGCCAGCGUUCUCCAGCUGAAAUCCUUGGCCCCGGGCCCGCUGAAAUUCCUCUCAGGGUUGCCAUGCCUCCCUGAGCCCAGCAGAGGGAGGGGAGGACAGCCAGCAGGCACGGUCUGAGCCAGGCUCUGGCCCCGAAGAAGAGGCUCCCCUGUAAUGGCCAGGAAGCAUCCACUGGGGCCCCUGGACCCCGUGAUGUACAGCAAACUGCCCCGCCUAGAGACUGAGGCCGGGCACGGGCUGCCCACCACCUUGUGCAAGUCCAGUGCCCUCCCUGGCCACCCCAGCGGUGGCCACUUCAGCUACAAGGGCACCUAUUUCACCUACCCACUGCCAGGGCCCGAGGUGGUCCCGGAGUCUCUGGCUCCAUGGAGCCCAGCCUCGGCCUACGGGUCCUACGCCAGCCAGCCGCUGCGGGCAGACGGGAUGCUGAUGAACUGCCUGCUUUACCGCCGUGAGACCGAGCACCUGGAGGCCGCCUUGAGGAGCGCGGGCACCGAGAAGGGCAAGGACCACAUGGUGAGGGACCUACUCCUGACCCGGGAGAAGUGGGUGAGCCACCUGAGCCAUCACGACCAGCUCCAGUCCAGCCGGGGGCCCGCUUUACCCAACCGGAAGACUCUGGAGGGCGGUGGCCCUCCGCCACCCUCCGGCUGUGCCCCACUGGCGGCACCCAAGCCCAUGUACAGGAACCCGCUCUGCUACCUGGAGCCGGGCUGUGGGCAGCAGGCAUGCGUGGCCUUGGGUGCCCCAGCUGACAGCGGGACCAAGAGGCCCCUGGACGUGGACUGGGCACUCCCAGCCUCCUCGGCGCCUCUGCUCCACUCGGGCAACCUGCACUGUGGAGCCCUUUCCGCCGGGGCCAAGAAAACCCGGCAUCUGGAGGCUGGUUUCCUUCCCCUGCCCCAGGGGGCAGGCGGCCAGGCCAGGGAGACGGCCUCCACCCCUGGAGGUUUCUCCCCAUUCCAGGUGGCUCUGGAGAACUACCGGGCGGUGCAUAGCACCAGCUUUCUGGAUGCCAAGCACCCGGCCGCCUACGGGGGCCAGAAAAAGGGGGCAGAAGCACCUGGCAGCCCGACCCCUGGCUCUUGGGCCAAAAGGCACCCAUUCCCUGCUAGCCCCUUGGCAUCGCCUCAGGUAUCUGUGUUCCCAGAGAGGUCAUCGCCCAUUACCCGUUGGCGCACCAUGAGCAGCCGUUGCCGCUCCCCCCCCGGGAGCCCACACCCAGAGAAGCCCGGUGGUUCAGUACUGGCCCCGCAGGCCCCGGCUGGCUACCCGGGCUACGGCUAUUCGGGGAACGGGGAGGUCCGGGCCUUGGCCAGUCCCUACCUGCGGCAGCCGGCCACCCGGGUCCCCUACCCGCCCGCCGGACCAGAGCCCUUCACCUAUCGCUUCGGCUCUCUGCCCAUGUUCUCUCCUGCGAUGAAGACCAGAGGGGCCACCCGGGGAGACUCUGAACUGUCACCCGCUUCGAGGUGCCGGCUGGACCUCCCCACACCGGCCCAUGGCUUCGCUUUUGGCCUCCACGACACCGCCCCUUACAGCUCUCCUCCUGCCGCCGAGGCCGCCCCCGGCAUGCCCUUGCUCAAGGACUGUGCCAGCCUGCAUAGUGCCUUCCAGCCGGUACAGCAUGGCAGCCGGGCCCGGCGGGGGCCCGGAAGGCUCCCGGAGGCCCUGCCGCGGGGGGACCCUCCCUGUUACCACUUGAGCCCCGGCAGAGCGGGGAGAGUUCGGCCACUGGAGGGGGAUGGGAAAGGGCCCGGUUGCCACCGGGAGGAACCCCCACUCAGCGUACCCAUCGUCAUCCCUGACAGCCCCGUCCCACCCCUUCCCGCCUCCCUCGGGCAGGGGGAGGCCCUGGGCCAGGCCGGCGUCGGGGGGCCCAGACCGGCUCCCCAGCUGCCCACCUUCUCCAGGGAGAGGUGGCAACUCCCAAAACAGGCAGAUGAUGCUGCCCUGCCCCCCUGCUCUCCGCCGAUGCCCGUCAUCCACAAUGUCUUCAGCCUGGCUCCCUACCGCGACUACCUGGACACAGGGCCCGAGAAGGCAGCCGAGCUGCCCUUGACCAAGGCCCGGCCAAUGGGGGAGCCAGCAUCUGCCCCCUGCCCCGCGGCUAGGCCCUGGCACCCGCCGCUGACGCAGGCCCCUGAGACCCAGGGGAUGGUGCUAGCCGCCCCUGGGGGUAUCCGGGAUGAGAGAGACCAGAGGGCAGAUGGCAAGGGGCCUGGGUGGGGGCCAGGGACUCAACCACCUCUUCCCCCCAAGGCCGAGACCCCCAAGGAGAAGGCAGCAGGCGAGGGCUUCGGGGGCAGAGUUGAGGUGGCAUUGGACCUGAGCCUGAAGAAGCGGCCAGUGGAGGCCAGCACAGGGCAGAGCCAGGACUCGGGCCCGGUGGCUGAUUCCGAUCCAGAAGGGCAGGGUCCUGAAGCCCGGCCUGGGUGGCAGGAGCCCAAACAGGAGCCCCAGGUCCCACCCCCACCUGCCACCCCAGAGACUGCCCCAGAGAUGACCACUCCACUGGGAGGCGGCUUCCACAGCUCAGUGGCCUUCAUGUUCCGAAAGUUCAAGAUCCUGAAGCCCACCCCACCUGGUGGGGACGAGGGCAGAGCCUCCUCGGCCACAGCCCCACCCCGGGCCCCCAGCCUCCAGCUCCUGACCCAGCCCGGCAUCCAACCCCAGCCCCAGCCCCUGACCCUGCCCUUGCAAGUGACCUGCUUCAACCUGGUGCCUUCAGAGGCAGCCUCGCUCCCCCCAAGGCCGCCCCCGGGGCCCCCGGAGCCAGCCGAGGCCCCCUCCCCAUCCGGCUCCUCUGAGCACCGCUUCACCGGACUGCACCUCUCCCUAUGCAAGGCCAUCGCCUGUUUCGUGGCACGCUCAUCUCCGGAGCUGCUGCAGCAGUGGCUGAGGCUAGCGGAGCCCGAGCCCCGGGAAGGGCCCAUGUCCCCCCCACCCAGGGUCAAGAAUGGGGCCCGGGCCCCCGACCCCCAGAAGCCUUCGCGGGGCCAGGCCAUCUGGCUGGGCUACGAAGGGGUGAAGGGCCUACUGAGCCAGCUGCUGGCCCAGCUGGACACCUUCCUGGCCACCCACCACUGCCCCUUCCCCCACGUGGUCCGGGCGGGUGCCAUCUUCAUCCCCAUCUACCUGGUGAAGGAGAAGCUGUUCCCCGAACUGACCGGGGCCUCGGUGGACCACGUCCUGCAGGAGCACAAGGUGGAGCUGCGGCCCACCACGCUGACCGAGGAGAGGCUGCUCAGGGACCUGGAGCUGCAUGGUUGCACCUCCCGCAUGCUGAAGCUGCUGGCUCUGAAACAGUUGCCUGACAUCUACCCCGACCUCCUCGGCCUGCAGUGGCACAACUGCAUCCAGCAGCAGCUCAGUGAGUGUGCCCUUGGUCCCCGCCCCAACCCCAAGUUCCAGGAUGAGGAGGAGACAGCAGGAACUCCUGGACUGCAAGGUUCGUGUUCACAGGCUGGCCAGCAGACCUCCAAGAGGCCUGAACCAGGAGACUCCCAGAGCUGAGGCCCCAGCAGCCCCACUAGCAAGCAUCCAGACCAGAGAAGAGGACCAGGGCCCGGCUCCAUUGGUCCCUGAUCCCUGGGCCCUCAAGAUCAAGAAGAAGAGGAAGACUCCAGCCCCGCUGGAAGAUCUGAGGGUGGGACAAGGAGCCCUCGGCCCCCAAGAAAGAUGCUCCAGCCCCAGGGGAGGGGGCCGCUGAAACCAAGAGAGCCCUGGCACCAGGCUGGGCUUCUUGGCCACUAAAACCCUCCAAGGUAUCAGCUAGGCAAAAGAAGGGCAGCGGAGAGGCCCCUCAGAGCACUUCCCACCUAUGCAGUGCCAUGGUCCGCAUCAAGUUCCAGAAGAUACAGCGGCCAGCCAGGAGGCUCAGGGCAGCCCUACCCAUGGGCAAGGAGGGCACAAGAAAGUGCCUGGCACUGGCUGGGGAGGGCUUCCAGGCAGCAGCCCCCAGGAGCAAGCUGGCUCCUCUCCCCACCACGUAGCUGGCUCUGUUGGGGAAGCAGAUCUGGCAUCUGUAUGAGGAGAGCAACGAGUCGGAGGCCUGGUAUUGGGACGUAGUGCUGCUGGUGCACCACAGGCACAGUGACCCUCUGAAGACGGUUUAUGAGGUCCACUACGAGAUCCUGCAGGACUACAAGAAGGGGUGGAUGGAGGUGGACCAGUGACCGAGGGCAGGGAAGCCCACCCGGCUGCCCCAGAUCCCUUCUUCAUCUCUCUCCUCACUGGUGGCUCAUGCUGUCUCUUCUGGGCUCAGCCCUCCGUGGUCCCACUGGGAGACCACGUCCAGGAAACUGGGCUCCAGGCUCUAGCUCAGAGACCUGAAGCUCCAGUAUUUGAACUGUAAAUUCUAGACCAAGUAAACGUAGAUGGGUGUCCGUCACCCCCCAGUACUGGUCUGAGGCUGCCUAGUUGCUCGCCCCAGCCUACAGGAAGGUGGGGGACAUCAGAGGUCCAUCCCUGACUGGUAGGGAGGACAACCAGCACACAGUUCCUUCAUCCUUCCUGUUGUGGUUUUGAAUCAUUGUGGCCUUUGUUAUAUGCUUACUCUGUGCCAAGCACUGUGCUAAGCGCUGGAAUAGAUACAAGGUCAGACGUAGUCC